UCGCUGGGAACUAGGGGAAGUCCAGCAUACUGUUUUGCAGGCUUUGCCUACAGCUUCUUUGCAGUAUAAGCACAGAAUAUAUACAUCCAGGAAAGCAAUCAGAGAGAGAUGGACUUCCAGCACAGAGCUCACCCAUUCCCCAUCCCAGAGGAUGAAGAGGUUGCAUACAAGGCUGUUCCCGAUGCUCACAACUCUGCAGGAAAUGAAGGCGAGAAACCAGUGUCAAAAUUGCAACGUAGGCACAGUGAAAUAAAACUCUACAAAGAGUUCUGUGACUUCUAUGCAAAAUUCAACAUGGCGAACGCGCUUGCAAAUGCCAUCUGCGAGCGCUGCAGGGGUGGCUUUGCCCCUGCUGAGAAAAUAGUCAACAGCAAUGGUGAGCUGUACCACGAGCAGUGCUUCGUCUGCGCCCAGUGCUUUCAGCAGUUCCCCGAAGGGCUCUUCUAUGAGUUUGAAGGGAGAAAGUACUGCGAACAUGAUUUUCAAAUGCUUUUUGCCCCUUGCUGCCAUGAAUGUGGUGAGUUCAUUAUUGGUCGUGUUAUUAAAGCCAUGAACAAUAGCUGGCAUCCAGAGUGCUUCUGCUGUGAUAUCUGCAAAGCAGUGUUGGCUGAUAUUGGAUUUGUCAAGAAUGCUGGCAGACAUCUCUGCCGUCCUUGCCAUAACAGGGAAAAAGCCAGAGGCCUGGGAAAGUACAUUUGCCAGAAGUGUCAUGCCAUUAUUGAUGAACAGCCUCUCAUAUUCAAAAAUGAUCCUUAUCACCCUGAUCAUUUCAACUGUGCAAACUGCGGGAAGGAACUUACUGCUGAUGCUCGUGAGCUGAAGGGAGAACUCUACUGCUUACCCUGCCAUGACAAAAUGGGUGUCCCCAUCUGUGGGGCAUGUAGAAGACCAAUUGAAGGCCGUGUGGUGAAUGCUAUGGGAAAACAAUGGCAUGUGGAGCAUUUUGUUUGUGCAAAAUGUGAAAAACCAUUCCUGGGUCAUCGUCAUUAUGAGAGAAAAGGCUUGGCAUAUUGUGAAACCCACUACAAUCAGCUAUUUGGUGAUGUUUGUUUCCAUUGCAAUCGUGUGAUUGAAGGAGAUGUUGUGUCGGCUCUGAAUAAGGCAUGGUGCGUGAACUGUUUCUCUUGUUCAACUUGCAACACUAAGUUAACACUCAAGAAUAAAUUUGUUGAGUUUGAUAUGAAGCCUGUCUGCAAAAAGUGUUAUGAGAAGUUUCCUCUAGAGCUGAAGAAAAGACUGAAGAAACUAGCUGAAACUUUGGGAAGGAAGUAAAGACUUCAUCUGCUCUCCCCUUCCUUUGUGAAAAUCUUAGAGAUAUUACUUGUUGGGGGGAGCCGGGGGACAGGCUGUGGGCUGCUUUGAGACUGCAGUCAGACAACAAAUGAUGAUGUAUGCCUUCUGUCAAACAAAAAUAUCCUAAGGUUCUCUGUUCUCUUUACAUGUAUGCUUAUUUGUUGAUAAGCAGACAAUGCUUCCAGACUAAAUUAAAUACCAGCUCACCUGAAAGGUUUCUGACCAAUAAUGCAGUUGUACUGAUGCAGGAGGCCUGUUCUGUACACUAAUCUCUGUGGAAUUUUAGAGAGUAAAUUUGCUUGUGAGCACCGGUGAAAACAAACUGUGCAAAUGUGCCCAACUUGAGGGGUAUGGAUUGUCAUUUAUGUUAAUGAAAGUAUUAACCUUCAUAUUAAGCAUGCAGACAAAACUUGUUCAACUCAUGUUGUGAUUUGGGCAAGAAAUCAAUGUACUUUGCCUCAUGGAAAAAUUCAUGCUUGGAUUUCAGGCUAGGUAGUUUUAUUAAGGAGCCUUGCUUCAGAUGGUUCAAAAACUAUCAGAUUUCUAAAUACAGUCACUGUACAAAUGACCUACUUCCAAUAGAUUAUGCUUACAUGUUGAAUGUUUGUACAUCAGGCUUAGCAUGAGAUACCUAUAUAAAAAUGUAUUCCUAUUGCAAGAAAUGAGCAUACUCAGAACUACUUGAAUUUUGCUAUAUUCCACUUAAAAUAACACAUUAACUUUUAUAUAUGCUUUAGCAUUCUAUUUACUUUUUGUGCCUUAUUCUGCUGGACCAUACAUAAUGGUGUUCCAUUAAAAUAUAUAGUUUUAUUUUUUAUUUCAUAUUUUUAUGCAGAAACUAUAUAGAAGGUAUUUUCAAAAGAUAACAUACUUUGCCUUAAUUAUAAAGGAUGUGAGAAGCAUUUUAUUUCAAAUGUGAACAUCUGAGUUUAAAACGUAGCUUCUAGACUUCAUUCAUUUUCAGAAAAAUACUGAAAAUGCAUAUUUCAGUUAACUGGCAAUAUUAUUUUUACACCUGUGAGUGUAAAUCUGCAAAGUUUGAUCCUGCUAGGAUCUGCUUCUUUAGCCAUCCUCACGUGACUGAGCUUACAAAUAAUCAAAAUUCUGUAUAACAUACAUUUAAUUGUUUUAUACUAUUGACUUCUGUCCAUGCGAAUUUGUUUUAUUUUUCCCUUUCUUAUAGAAAAUACAGUUACUUAGGACUUCCUGAUGGUACUACAUUACAAAGUACGCCAACUUUUUUUUAACUUUUUUUAUAUUAGUGAUUUAAACACAUUUUAUGUAAUUACAUAAUAGGAAGUAAAAUUUUCUUUCCUGUUUAUGAAAAAUAAGUUACUUUAAAACAUCUGCUUUCCAAUGUCAUCAAUAAAGGCCAUGUUAUUAAACCUUGUA